AUGGAUGUUGUCUACAGUUACCAGCACAUGGAUGUUGUCUACAGUUACCACCACAUGGAUGUUGUCUACAGUUACCACCACAUGGAUGUUGUCUACAGUUACCAGCACAUGGAUGUUGUCUACAGUUACCAGCACAUGUAUGUUGUCUACAGUUACCACCACAUGGAUGUUGUCUACAGUUACCAGCACAUGGAUGUUGUCUACAGUUACCACCACAUGUAUGUUGUCUACAGUUACCACCACAUGGAUGUUGUCUACAGUUACCAGCACAUGGAUGUUGUCUACAGUUACCCCCACAUGGAUGUUGUCUACAGUUACCACCACAUGUAUGUUGUCUACAGUUACCCCCACAUGGAUGUUGUCUACAGUUACCACCACAUGGAUGUUGUCUACAGUUACCCCCACAUGGAUGUUGUCUACAGUUACCACCACAUGGAUGUUGUCUACAGUUACCCCCACAUGGAUGUUGUCUACAGUUACCAGCACAUGGAUGUUGUCUACAGUUACCCCCACAUGGAUGUUGUCUACAGUUACCAGCACAUGGAUGUUGUCUACAGUUACCCCCACAUGGAUGUUGUCUACAGUGUUCUAGAGAGAAGCGUGGAGGGGGAGGCCAGUGCCCUCACUAAAGCCAAGACCCUCUACAGAUCCUGCACCAAUGAGAGUCAGAUUGAGAAAAGGGGCGGAGCUCCUUUACUAGACAUACUUCCUAAUGUGUUUGAGUGGCCAAUAGCAACAGACCACUGGGAGACUGUCUAUGGUGACACAUGGAAGUUGGAGGAUGCCAUUGCCAGACUAAAUGAGAAAUAUGGAACUCAAGUCUUGGUUAAUUUUUUUAUCGGCACUGAUGACAAAGACUCCAAUUCACACAUCAUUCACUUUGACCAGCAAACCAGCCUUGGUCUCUUAUCCAGAGAGCAUUAUACUUGCACCGGGCCCUACGCAGAGCCAUGUAGAGCAUAUGAACAGUUCAUGAUAGACGUGGCCAGGUUGAUCCGUACCGACCGCAGCCUAGAGGUCAACGAGACCCAAAUCAGAGAGGAGGUCACCAGGGUCAUUGAGCUGGAGAGGGAGAUCGCCAACGCAACUGAUACUCCAGAGGACCGUAACAACCCAGUUCUCCUCUACAACAAAAUGGAGCUGGGUGUUCUCAAUGCUAACUUCAGCCUAGAGGUCGACACACAAGUGUUUGACUGGAGUUACUUCACCAGGAAGAUCAUGGGGACGGUCGGCAUCACUGUGCCUGACACAGAGAAUGUUAUCAACUACGCACCUAAGUACUUCAGACGGCUCAACCCUAUCCUAGCCAAGAACACUAAGAGAGUCCUGCAGAAUUACAUGGUGUGGCGUUUUGUCAUGAACAUGGUGGUGGGUUUGAGCAGACAGUACAGGGACACCAGGAAAGCCUUCCGCAAGGCGCUGUACGGUGCCACGUCGGAGGCGGCGGUGUGGCGGCAGUGUGUCAUCUACGUCAACAACAAUAUGGACAACGCUGUCGGAAGACUGUACGUAGAGGAGUCCUUCUCUGGGGAGAGCAAAGAACUGAUGGAAGAGAUGAUCUCUGUUAUACGGGAGGUAUUCAUCAGUAACUUAGACCACCUAAGAUGGAUGGAUGUAGAGACCAAGAAGGCUGCUGAGGAGAAGGCACAAGCUAUCCGUGAGCGGAUUGGCUACUCCGACAACAUCAAGAAUGACACCUACCUGAACAACGAGUAUAGAAAUUUGAGCUACAGUGCAGAGGAGUACUUUGAGAACAUCCUCCAGAACCUGGACUACGUACAGAAGAAACGUCUGAGGAUGCUACGGGUCAAAGUUAACAAAGAAGAAUGGGUAACAGGAGCAGCCGUUGUCAAUGCCUUCUACUCCUCAAGCAAAAACCAAAUAGUGUUCCCAGCUGGGAUCCUCCAGCCUCCGUUCUUCGGUAAGGGCCAGACCAAGUCUCUGAACUUUGGCGGUAUCGGCAUGGUGAUCGGACAUGAGAUCACACACGGGUUCGAUGACAACGGGCGUAACUACGAUAAAGAUGGUGACCUGAAGGACUGGUGGACGCCAAGCUCCACCCAGAACUUUGUGAAUCUGUCCAAGUGCAUUGUGGACCAGUAUGGAAGCUUCUCCUGGGACCUGGCCAACGGGCUGAAUCUCAAUGGGAAUAACACUCUGGGUGAGAACAUCGCAGACAAUGGAGGCAUCCGUCAGUCCUACCAGGCAUACCUGAACUAUGUGGAGAAGAAUGGGAAUGAGCCUCUCCUGCCUGGAAUAAACCUCAACCAUCAACAACUCUUCUUUGUCAACUUCGCCCAGGUGUGGUGUGGAACACAUCGACCACAACAAGCUGGCAACUCCAUCAAAGUAGAUGUACACAGUCCAGGGAAGUUCAG